AUGAAUUUCCUGCGGAAUCGUAUGGUGGUCCUGGGCAUGGUGUUAUUGGCCACCUUACUGCUAUACCUGCUGCUGCCCUCCAUUCGUCAUGGCAACAUGGAGCCGUCCUUCAAUGUACAAAGACUUGGGCUCUUCGCCACAUCCCCGCCUCCGCUUCCCAACAUCAACGUGUCAGUUCGUACAGGACACCUGCCCGGGGACCCGCCGCUUUUUUUCAGAGAAGCCUUACCCAUUGACAGUACUGGACGACAGAUACUGCCCAGGCUACAAGUCGUGCUUCUGCAUGGCCAAGCCUUCACAUCAAAAACAUGGGAAGAACUAGGUACCAUGGCCCUACUUGCCACUAAUGGAUAUCAGGCCUUAGCCAUGGACCUACCAGGUUAUGGUAAAUCGCCCGACUCUGAGGCCCUAAAGAGAGAUCAGAGUCGAGUGGACCUGCUCUCCAGGUUCAUGGAGUCAUUGGGUGUGAGGGCAGCGGUGCUUGUGAGUCCUUCCAUGAGCGGUCAUUACUCCAUCCCAUUCCUUAUGAAGAACAGCGCACAGCUGCGAGGCUUUGUUCCCAUAGCGCCUGUCGGUACACGCAGUUACACGGCACAACAGUAUCAGAAUAUCCAGACACCCACCCUCAUUGUGUUCGGAGCCCUCGACACUAAUCUAGGCGCCCAGUCCCACAAGAACCUGGCCCAGCUUCCUCAUCAUGCUGUUCUCAAGCUGGACGGCGCUCGCCACGCGUGCUACAUGGACAAACCUGGAACCUUUCACCAAGGGCUGAUCGACUUUCUUGGGAAGCUGAAGUGAGAUGGGCUGCAUUAAAGAUGGACUGGAAAAAAAUGAGGAGGGACUUGGGUUUGCUUGGUAUGAAUUUAGUGAGCUUGCUUUCGGGAAAAUACAAUGACAAAAAUGUUGUUAUUGUCUUGAGACAAUAAUUAUAAGCUGUAUGAUAUGGAUAAAACUGAGGUAAGGCAUGAUCAGAUUUCUUACUCUCCAUUAUUUAUUCAUCUUCAUCAUGAAACAAUGUGUGCAAUAAGCCCUCACUUGUACCGUCAUGUGACAUUUCUCUAUGCAUGCAAAAAACAAAAAAAAAUUGAGUUUGCAUCAGUGUUGCCAUUUUUGUAGGUGACAUGAGAGUUGAUGGCUGUAAAUUGUGCGGAAUGUGGCAACAGCAGGUGCAUGUGCCCUGGGAAAAGCUUGUGGUCACUGUUCAUUUGAACCAUUCCAACCGAGCGCAAAAGAUGAAAAACUAAGCAAAAAAGACACUCUUUGGAACAGAAAAUGUGAGGAAGUUAAUAUAUAAAAACAUGUUUGUGUAUAUGACAAUAAAGUAGCAACUAAUAUACAGUA